AUGCGGGUGGUGGAGGCGUGGCGUGUGGCGAUCGGGUGGUAUGUCUACACGCAUGAGUCGCGCGUGCUCAUCCUCGCUGCUGGCCCCAAAUUCUGCUCGCUCACUGCCAUUCAGUUCUCAGCAGCAGGGUUGGUGAAGUUACCUAAGUUCACAGCGCAGCUGGGCACGUCUGCUGCGCCCACCACCACAUCCACGCACUCCCUCACUGCCAAGCCGGCCCCGCCAGUGGUGCUCGCGCCACAGGACGUGCGCAUUGCCAACAUGUACGGGCGCAUAUACUGUGUGCAGGUGGACCGGGUCUCCUCCCUGUUACACAUCUUUCGGUUCUUCCGAGAUGCCAUAGUACUGCAGGUGUCCAUCCCACUGCCAUCAACACGCGUGGCGGGCGGUGGUGCGGUUGGUUUGAGAGGGGGUGAGGCAGAAGCGGUAGAUCCUGCAGUGGAGGAGGAUGAGGGUGUGGUGUCACCAGAGCAUCUGCUGCACCAGAUAGAGCUUCAUUUGGAAGCAUGCUCGCAGCAGGCCAGCAGACACAGAAGCACCUCUGGUGAUGCCCUCACAAAUACAGGGGAGAGUAGCAGAGGGGAGACGAGUGGGGAAGGAGAGGCAGGCAGGGAUGGUGGAGGAGGGGAGAAAAGGGAGGAAGAGCGGGGAGAGGAUGGUGGCUGUGGCGAGAAGGAGACGGAUGGCGGUGCUGCAUCAUGUGGUGCUGUAUGGCAUGACAGUAGCUAUACUGUGGGGGUUCUGGUGGAGCUGAUCCGAUGUAUGGACGACCUCCGGCUGCCGCUGCCUGCCUUCCUGCGCGCACAGUCCUCCCUUGUGCGCCUGCUCGCCUCGCACCAACUCUGGGCUGCACUGCUGCACCUCCUCAAUGCCAAGUUGCUUCGCUUCUCCCCUGCCUUCGCAUGGGACCUACUCCACCUCUCCUCCUCCCACUCCCCACACACCCUCCCCCCGGCGUCACUGAGAGCGCGGGCGUGGGUGCGGAGGGAGGCAGUGCGGCUGCUGCAGGCGUGGCUGGUGGCCCGGGACGCACAGGAGCAGGGCCGAGUGGCGGCGCAGAGACGGGAGGACAUGGCAGCGUUGCUGCGAGGCAUGGUGCUGUGCUGCGGGCCACUUGCUGCUGCUAGGUUCCUGGCUUCCACACCCCCUCUGGUGUUUUGGCAGCACGCCCCCUCGCUGCUCGCAUGCCUGUCGCAACCCCGGCACCUGCACCUGGCACCAGCUGUGCUGCGAUGCUUCCAGGAAGCUCCCGACUGGCCAGAAGGUCGUGCAAUUGCAGACACGCGAGCAUUGCUGGCUAGGGGCAAUUUGGUCGAAGCACGUUCAGUGUACGCUGUCUCGUCGUCCGCGUACGAUCUGCUAGAGCAGGACGCCCUUGGUAAUGAAGCGAUUCUGUGUGCCGGUCCCUCGCUCCGCGCGCAUCGAUCCCGCAGCAACAGCCAGAGUAGCAGCGCCUUACCCCCUGCCGCCCCGCAUGCCUCGGCCAAACCGCCCGCCCCUCUCUCCUCCUCCACCACCGAUCUCCGCCCGUCCUCCACUGCCCGCCGUCUCUUCCGCCCCUCGUUGUCGUCCAAUGACGCGCAUACCGUUGCCGAGCACAACAAGCCGGCCUCCACCGGACUGAACACCCCGGUCGGCCGCUCGUCGUCCACAGGCGACGCAGUCGAGGGCCCGCAGACGACGGCGGGAUCCGCGGAGAAACCGGUCCACGGCGCGGUGCUAGGCGCAAGCGCAAAGCGGCGCAACUCUGCGUGUUUUCCGCGCGACGAAGCGGGGAAGACAGCCGCACGAGGCGGCGCGCAGGAUAAGCCGUUCAAAGAAGGCGCCAUUGCCGAAACGAGCAGGCUACGAACAGGAGGGUCAGGACGUACAGACGGGGAGAGGCCGUUAAGCCCUAACCGCUACGAGCAGCUGCUGCCGCUCCUCGCGGGGCUUACGGAGGGGGACUGGUCGGCGCUGCAGCAUUGGGCGGAGAGUGGAUGGCGCCAGAGCAACAAUCACGGCGCCAGUCACGGCGCCACUACGCAUCUCCUACGCUGGGCUUCUAUUGGCGCGCUUCACUCCGCUUUCGGCGGCGCCGGGCAGUCCGCCGCUUCCGCCAGCAGCCCCGUUAAGCUGCGGCGAAGCAAGAGCCGCGGGAAGGGCAGGGCGCAGAGCGGGCGGCGGAAAGGGGGGUCCGCGCGGGGGGAGGAGCGGAGCCUGCGCGGAAGCGCAGCGGGCGCAGCGCGCCGGUGCCACUCUGUGGAGGAAGCCCCGUCGACAAGCGCCGCGGGGACGCGCGGGCGCGACGAGUCGGGGGAGAACGGGAGCGCAGCGCUUCCCCAGGAGAACGGGGAAAGGUCGCAGAAGCGUGCAGAAGCGGAAGGGAGCGCGAGCGGGAACGCGCGCGGAUGGCAGGUGGAGGACUUAUUCGGAAGGCUCGCGGAACCGCUUGUGGCUGGCGCUACAGGUUCCGCCAACGGCGCUGGCGCUGACCCCGCGCUCUUCCGCCGCCCGUCGCUUUCCCGCGCUGCACUCGCCCUAGAAGACGCCGCCGAUCGCGGCGGGGGCCGCGGGGGUUACAGCGCGAGCAGCGGUGGCGGAGUGUUCCUGACCUCUUCCGCGCACUCCUCCCCGCCGUCGCCCUCGUCUUCCCCUGAGCUUCCGCCCAGCACCUGCCUUGCGAUGCCCUCCCGCCGCGUGCUCCCCGCGUUCCUGCGCACGUGCGUCGUACCGCGCGCCAUGGGCGGAGUUCCGCUGCCCCUUCCCCUGCCCCUCGCGGAGCCGUUGGAACGAGAAUUCAGAGCCAACGAGCGCGCGUUCCUGCGCACCGUCGCCAGCGUUGAAGCCGUCGCAAUUGCCGCCGCCGCCGCCACCGCUGAAGCUGCUGACGCGUCUCGUCGCGGCGUGAGCGGUUUCCGCGGUGGCGAUGACGGCGGAGAGGAGGAGGAGAGGGGCCGUGAGGAGUGGCGCAUGUGGCGGGCGAGUCCUCCUGUAGGCGCUUCCCCUGCCUCUCUCCCCUCUCCCGCCUCCUCCUCCUCCUCUCGCCGACCAAUCACCAGAGCCAAGUCCUCGCCCUUCCUCUCCUCCCUCUUACUCCAACAGCGGCAGUUGGGGCGUCAGAGCAGUGGGCUGGGCUGCAGAGAGGAGGCCAUGGGCGGGCAGGGACAGCAGCAGCAGCAGCAGCAGCAGCAGCAGCAGCAGCAGGGUGGGGUUUGUAGCUUUGCAGAAGGGAGACCAGUAGGUGGUGUGAUUCCCCGGCAGGCAUCCACACAGCCCAACACGCCCCUGCAUCAUAUGCAGGGUAACAGCACACCAGCCCAUGCCGGUAUGCUCGUGCAUAAGCGGUCACACUCCCAGGCUGCCGCUGGUGGUCCUGCUGUUGGUGCUGUUGGUGCUGUGGGUCGCUUCAGCUCUCACUCCCGCACUCCAUCUCCAAGCUUUGUUCCAUCUCCAAUGAUCAACGCUUCGAUGCCAGCGCCGCUACAUGCACACACAUCCCAUGGCGCUGACCCCACUCCACUCCCUCCUCCUCCUGCUGUGGCUAGGACCAGGCCUCAGUGGCCUUUCUCCCCUCCUCCUGCAGCUCCUGCUGCUGCUCUUGCUCCUGCUUCUGUGCGUGGUGGUGGCGGGCUCGCAGCAGCGCCUGUGCUGCCCCUCGCUGUCAAGCGCACCCGAUCACUGAGUGUCGUCGAGAUGACACCAACCAUGCGCGACGAUCACGCCGGAGGAUCGUCCCUCCUAAAGCGCAAGUCCAAGUCUUUCCUCACGGUAGCAGCCCACGAGCCGGGCCUAUGCAGCAUCCUUUUCGACCUUGACGGCCGGAACAUUCUUACAGCCGGCGCCGACAAUCAGGUCAAACUGUUCCCCGUCAAGCCGCCCAGCGCGUCGUCCGGCGCCGACGGCGCGCCGAGUCUGGGCGAUCCGCGGACGGUGCGUGUGGAGCAUAAGGGACAGAUGACGACACUGGCGAUGAGUCCCAUGGGCGACAAGUUCUCCACGGCUGCGGAGGAUCACACUGUGAAACUGCACUCGUAUCCUGCUGCUCGGUUCGAGAGCAACGUGACGCGCUUCACGCUCCCCAUUCGCGCGCUCGCAUUCAACGUCUCUGGCGGGCUGCUGGCGGCGGCGGGCGACGACGAGGGCAUCAAGGUCAUCUCCACCGUCGAUUCCUCUAUCGUCUCCGUGCUCAAGGGCCACGACGCGCCCGUGCUGAGCGUGGCGUUCGACCCGAAGAACGAGCUGCUUGCGUCGUGCGACGCGGACGGGACCGUCAUCAUCUGGAGCAUAUCCGACGCUAAGCCUCUCCACACGCUGCGUGGCGUCGCCCCCGUUAUCGACGCGGUGGCGGCGGAGGAGGAGGCGGACGGCGCGGCGGCAGCGGUGGCGGGGCGGAGCGCCGUGGCGUGGCACCCAGACGGCAGCUUCCUGGCGGCGCCCGGGACUGACUGCGACGUGAUCUGCUACGACCGCGACACGGCUGACGUCAUGCUCACGCUCAAGGGUGUGCACAAGUCUCGUGUCGCCGUUCUUGCAUGGUGUCCCAGCGGCCGUUACUUAGCGACGGCCGGCGCGACGGACGGCACGGUGGCGGCGUGGGACGUGGAGGCGGCGGACGGCGCAUUCGACCUGGACGUGUGCCGUGUCGAUGCUGGCGCGCCAAUCACGGGCCUGCAUUGGAGCCCCACAGACAACGCAAUCGCCGCCAUUGAUUGCGCCGGAUGCUGCGGCGUGUGGCACAGCCCCGUGCCACCCCACAUGCCAGCGCCGAACGCGGCACCGCAGUGGGGAGGGCCGGGCAUUGAACAGCAGAAAGAGGAAAUGCCGCUCUUCUCGUCGCUCUUUUCUGCUUUUCCUUCUGUCAACCCUUCAGUCAUUCCUGACAUGACACCUCCCCACCCUCGUACCCCUCUUUCUGCGAUUCCCCCUCUCUUCCCUUCACCCGUCUUGCCUCAGUUGCCGCCGCCCUUCCAACCAGGGUCAACCACGCUCACAGCAGUAGCAGGCGGCAGCAGUGCAGAGGGGGAGGAGGGCGUGGAGGGGCCAGCGGGUGUGCGACUGCGUUACCUGGCAUACGACAUGGUGGGGCGGGUCACCACUCGCAUGGACGCAGAGAGUGAUACCUCACACGUGGAGGUGGACUUCCAUGACACGUCAGCAGCAGUGACACGUGUGCCAGCGCUGACGGAUUACUACGGGUGCACCAUGGGCGUGCUGGGGGAGAGGGGCUACGCGCUCGCCUCGCCUGCGCGCGCCAAGCAGCCCUCCACCAUUCUCUUCCGCCCCUUCACCUCCUGGGCUCCCUCCUCCGAUUGGUCGCUGCGCCUGCCAGCAGGGGAGGAGGUGACAGCCAUAGCCGUGGGCCACAAGUGGGUGGCGGCCGCAACGUCCCGCAACUUUCUGCGCAUCUUCUCAGACACGGGCCUGCAGCGUGCAAUCGUGUCACUGGAAGGCCCGGUGGUGGCAAUGGCGGGGCAGGGCGCGUUCCUUGCUCUCGCCUUCCAUGCCGCAGGGCCCUACCCUGAUGGUCACCAGGCCAUGCAUCUACUUCUCCUGGACAUGCAUUCUUCUGCCCUGCGCCUCCGCACGCCCAUCGCCCUCUCCCCUGGCGCCUCCCUCGCCUGGCUCGGCUUCUCCACCACCUCCUCCGAUCCCUCUGCACCGCUCCACACCACUGUGCCCACAGUUGCCACUUACGACUCCCAGGGCGUGGUGCGCAUUCUCUCUCCGGACUUUGGUGGCUGCUGGAUGCCCAUUUUCAGUGCGAGUGCGACGCCUACGAGUGAGUCGCACCGGCUGUGGAUGGUGGGGCUGGACCUCAGGGAGCAAGCCAUCUUCUUCAUCGUCUGCACUGCUGCCUGCCCACAACCCUCGGUGUUCCCUCGGCCUGUGCUAUCAGAGAUGCCUCUGGCGCUGCCUCUCGCCCUCUCGGACCUCGCAGCAGCUGACUCCCUCCAGGCCGACCUUCUGCGCUCAGCACUUGCCACCGCACACGUGCGGGCAGUGGCGGAUGAGGCGCUGCAGAUGGGGGAGCAGGGGGCGCUGGCAGCAGCAGAGGACGAGGAGGAGCUCCUGAGGCUCGAGGCUGAGAGGGACAAGACGCUUCUGCGCCUGCUCGUCGCUGCUGCUAAAGGGGACAAGCUAGAGCGGGCGAUGGAGCUGGGCACCAUGCUGUCGCUGAGGAAGAGCCUGCAGGGCGCUGUCAAGCUCACCUCUGCACUGCGCCUGCCCGUGCUUGCUGAGCGCUUGCACUCGCUGCUGCAGGAGCGCUUGCGAGCUGAAGAAGACGAACAGAGGAUUCAGCAACGUAAGGAGCAGCAGCAGAAGCAGCAGCAGCAGCCAGUAACACAAACACGAGUUUUCCCCGACCCACCAAGUAGUGCCAAUCGUUCUCAGCCACAGCAGCCGCAACCACAACAGCCUUCAAGUGAGCCUCCUCGUAAGGAACGCUCAUGUCCCGAGCCUUCCCCUUCCACACAGAAGAGUGUAGCCGCAUCAUUGGCCCCGAUGUUUGUCAAGAAAGGCCCAGGAGCAAACCAGAAAGGAACAGCAGGCGGUCAAAAGAACGCGGGAGCAACUCCCAAGGGUUCUGACAAUGCUGUUGCUGCAGAUUGCUCCAGCCCCAAAUCUGCUGCCAAAGGCACUGCCACGGACAUUGGUAGUGCGAGAGGUGAGGAGGCAGGUGCUGGUGGUGCAGGCGGGACAAAACCAGCUGCUGGAAGUGCUAAGCCGUGUAACCCGUUUGGGAAGAAACUUGGGGGUGCAGCGGCGGUUGGUGGGGCUGUGGCCGGCAGGGUGACGGAAGGUUCUGUGUUGGAUUCUGUCAGGCAAAUGCAGCAGGCGGAGGUUGCUUUGAAGGAUGUCAAAUCGGGAGAUGGAGCAGGCUCAAAACGAGCACCCUUGCCGCUAGGAGCCAAAACAUGUGGAGCCAAACGUUCGAAAAUAAACUGGCUCGCAGCCAUUCGGUGUGUAUACAACGUGUGGCCCUGCAACCAAUCAAACAACACUCGGCGCUUCCUAGGGUUUGCUCCACCUCUCUCUGCUCUCCUCCGCUCCCCUCCCCUCCCUCUGCCUGCUGCGUGCGACCUUGACCUCUUACCUCCAGGUUAUCCUGUUGACUCGUUUUGUCCCUGCACAUCCAUGGCUACACAUCCAGGGGCUGUCAUGGCUGCAGCGGCACAUGAAGAUCACCAAAACCAGCAAAAUAUUGCCGCCGCUGCGGCAGCAGCGGCAGCGGCAGCGGCCGCCGGUUCCGGAAUGCCAGGCGGACACACUGAAUACAUUACCAUACCGCAUGUUUCCGUCGACCUUGGUUCAGCCGCUCUUGCCGCACAACACGUUGCUUAUCCGUAUGCGACAACAGACCCGUAUUAUGGGAACAUAGUGACAUUUGGCUCUCAGGCUCUGAUGGCACCACACUUGUUGGGGAUGCAACAGCAAGCUCGCAUGGCGCUGCCGUCAGAGAUCGUGGAGGAGGAGCCAGUUUAUGUCAACGCCAAGCAAUAUCAUGGCAUUCUGCGC